AUGUCAGAUCAUGAAUCGGUCCGAGACAGAAUAAUCCGCUCCGUGUUUUCCAGGAGGAACGCCAGCGGGGGCGCUGAGGAGAGCUACGUCUCGCACAUCAAGGUCUGGGAGGACUCGGGCUCCGACGCUGAGGGGCUCAAGCCGCGGUACAUCCUGCUCGCUCAAUCGAGUAACGGCAGCGGAUCCCUGCAUAAAUCCAAGCUGAACUCCAACGGCACGUUCUCGGUCGGGAAGACAUGGAGGCUGCAAGAGCUGCGCGCUCUCGAGGCCAUCAAUCCCACCAUCCUCAACAUCACCCUCGCACGAAGCUACAGGUGGCAGACCGAGAACCCGCGAGAUCAAACGACGUUCUUGAUCGCGCUCAUAAGGCUCUUUCGUACCGUCACAAAUGGAUCUGCGCCCCUCCAGCUCAUCAACAUUCCUGAUCCAGGGGGCCUCCCAUCGAGGCAGGCCCCCUCAAACGACUACACAUCCGAGCUACGUACGCCCACGCCCCCUGCCGGAGCGCCGCGCUCGAAACCGCCACCGAAUCAGCGAUCCGUCACCCCCUCGCAAGAUCGCAGCGACCACGAACGAUCUUCAGGGGCAAGGUCGCCAGGGACUUCACGCCUGCAGUCACGAUCUCGUCCAAGGCCCUCCCCUGUGUCCUCCCGUCCUGCUUCUCCCGAAUCUGUACCGUCGCCAGUCAAGCCCCGGCCAACAACACCGUCGUCCCAGUUGGGCACAGUGCGCCCGCCGAGAGCCCGCCGACCGUCGAACGCAGCAUCCCUUUCGCGGGCAUCCGCGGCUUCCAGCCAAGUGCCUUCUAUCAGUCUUCCGUCUCUAUCCGUCCCUUCUCGACCGUCGGUAACUUCCAUACCCUCCUCUUUCAGGUCUUCGACAGAGAGCAAUCAAACGUACGUUACGUCGCGGCCUUCCCUAGAGGUCCCUUCGUCGGCAACAUCUUUUGCACCUUCUAACGGGUCUGCUACGCCGAAGCGUGCACCGUCUCCUGCUGCGUCUGCUCGGUCGGCGGCCUAUAAAUCCCCGCCGAAUAGAAACGGCACGACAUCAGAAACUUCACAGCCGCGCAGAGAUCAUAACGCUCGAGUUUCGUUCUUUGACCCCGCCAACCAAGGCGCGCUUGAUCGGCUGAUAUCGGACGACGCUGAGAUCAACGCAGAAGGUGAAGAGGAGAGCACGCAGGCUACCAUGGCUAGUGUGGAGGAAAUGCUCGAGGGAUACGAGUGGGCGAGCGACGACGUCCUGGGGCAGAAGAGGACGCGAGGAGCGGUCGCACAGAUCGAGGCUCGACUGCUAGACGAGCUCAUGGCCCUGGAAAAGGCCAACAUACAUUCCUUCAUCGAGUCAGAUGACCGAGUCGGGCUGGUGCUCAAAUACCUCGAUGAAGCAAUCGCAGAGCUUGACAACAUGGACAGUCUUGUGUCAUCAUACAAGAUUCACCUCAACGCUGUUAACGAUGACAUCUCCUUCAUUCAGUCACAGAACAGGGGUUUGCAGGUACAGACUCAGAAUCAACGUGCAUUGCUUGGCGAGCUAGAGCAGCUUCUGCAAACGGUUCACGUCGACCGAGAUGCCCUCCUCACGCUUACCCAAGAGUCGUUGGAGAAAUCACAGAGCAUCCAAAGGCUCGAAGAAGCUUCGACAGAGCUUUACAAGGCCUUGCAGGCCGGCCGGGACCGCGAUAUGGCUGCCACGAUGGAACGAUUGGACGAGUACCGAACCCAUAAUUCCCAGUUCUGCAAGCGAAUUUUUGAUUUUCUGUCUAUCAUGUUUACCGCGCAGUCCAAAAUGCUCUUGGGCGAUACGGGAGGGAUGAACAAACCGAAUGGACGUGGUCGACCGUCCUUGAAGGACCACCACGACAUAGAGACCUAUCUUGGUCGCUACAGUGGUCUGAUUCUUUAUCUGAAAGAAAUGGACGAAAGCGUGUAUGGCAAACUAUGUGCCGCGUACUUUUCAGCUGCUAGCGAUCUUCAUAAUCAGCAAACUAAUGCCCUGCUGUCGCAUUAUGGGGGGCAGGUGAAGAAGGUUGUCGAGGAUGAUGGUGAACAGACCUUUGCAAUUUCACCGGCCACCAAUACUUCACGUGCCGCUGGCGGCCUCCGCCGUGCUGGGACAAUUGUACGAUCUCCGCUCGACGGUCGUAAGGACAGGGAGAAACAUACUGAAGGAGAAAUGCCGGCAUCAGAAGCGUUUGGUCACAUUCUCGAACAGGUCGCACCGCAGGUCUACCGCGAGCAGGAUUUCAUCGCCGAUUUCCUCCAAAUUAACGAUGCCGCUCUCACGUUUGCUGACUACAUGGGUCUGGAGAACUAUUUCCGAAGGCAGGCGGCGCGGUCGUCUGGUCUGAGUCAACAAACCGCAAAGCUCGUUCGCGGGGCACUAGAUUUCAUAUUCGGCUUCUUGCCAAUGGAGCUCAAAACUUGGAUAGAUGCCGCCCUUGCGAAGGAUAGUUUACAGAUCAUUGGCAUUCUGGCCUAUCUCGAGCGAUUCCAGGCCGAUGCGGAAGAGAGGGGCAAUGCUUUUGUACUAACUUUUCUGGAGAAGCAGCGCACGCGGCUAAAGGCUCUAUUCGAUCGCCAUAUCAACACGCAAAUCAAAGCGGUGGAGCAAACAAAGCUGACGAGCAAGAAGCGAAACGGCGUCGUCCACUUCAUCAAGUAUUUCCCCGUCUACGUCAGCCGCGUCGAGAGCCAGCUGAUCAACGCCGACACGCUCGAGAUCCGGCAGAACGUCGAUGUCGCGUACGAGAAGAUCGUGCAGACGAUGUUUGAUUCGCUCAAGCAGAUGGCCAAGAUGGACGGCGAGGGCGAAGAUAAGGGGCAGCUGAACUAUCACGUCAUCCUGAUUGUCGCCAGGGCAGAGAACAUGCACCACUUUGUGGCCGAGAUUCGGCAGCAGGAGAUCGGCUCCGUCGUGGCGUUUUCUAAGCGCGCCGAGGCGCUGUACGACGAGAAUUUGAACGCUUAUGUCAAGAUCGUCCUCCGGCGACCUUUUGCCAAGAUCAUCGACUACUUUGAAGGCGUAGAGCGCCUUCUCAAGACCACAGCGCCGUCAGAGGUUGCGAACAAUAGCAGCUACAACCGCUCCGCGCUGAAGAAGAUUGUCAAGGAGUACAACUCCAAAGACGUUCGCAAAAACGUCGACGCGCUCUUCAAACGCGUGGAGAAACAUUUCACCGAGGCGUCUGAAAAAGCCACGACGGACGAAGGCGGCGGUAUCGCGCCGGGGACGGUGAUGGUGGGCGUGUGGAAGGCCUGCGAAGAGGAGCUGUUGAGGAUCACGGAGCUCUUCGUGAAGCGGAUAUCUCAGUGCUACGCGAACAGCGGGGUCACGUUGGAGUAUUCUGCCGCGGACGUCGAGGCGGCGUUCAAGCGGAAUCGCGUAGGAUCGUGA